GCGAUACAAACAAGGGAGGCUGCCGCUCGCUAGCCCGCUAAUGCAAGUAGGUCAAUCCUCGUGCUGAGAAAUAAAAUCGAGGAUUUGAAAACCUGAGGAGGAAAAGCAGAGGUUGGGAUUACAUUUGUGAUGAGACCUUUAAAAAUUCGCUUGCACUCUUCGCUGUCCAGGGUCCUGUCUUACGAGCGCAAGCCUGUCAACCAGCCCCACUUUUCCACCACCCUCACGUUAGGCUGACUCUAAGGAAGAAAUCAUGGAGUUGCGUGUUGGAAGUAAAUAUCGCCUCGGGCGAAAGAUCGGAAGUGGCUCCUUUGGUGAUAUUUACUUGGGUGCAAACAUCACAUCUGGAGAAGAGGUAGCCAUUAAGUUGGAGAGCGUGAAGACUAAACAUCCACAAUUACAUAUUGAGAGCAAGUUUUAUAAGAUGAUGCAGGGUGGAGUGGGUAUUCCCUCCAUCAAAUGGUGUGGUGCUGAAGGGGACUAUAAUGUCAUGGUGAUGGAGCUCCUGGGUCCGAGCUUGGAGGACCUGUUCAACUUCUGCUCAAGGAAAUUCACACUUAAAACUGUCCUGCUGCUGGCAGACCAGAUGAUUAGCCGAAUUGAGUACAUCCACUCCAAGAACUUUAUUCACAGAGACAUUAAACCAGAUAAUUUCCUGAUGGGGCUUGGCAAGAAGGGAAACCUAGUCUACAUCAUAGACUUCGGCUUGGCCAAAAAGUACCGUGAUGCCCGCACACAUCAGCACAUUCCCUAUCGUGAGAAUAAGAACCUGACUGGUACUGCCCGCUACGCCUCCAUUAACACUCAUUUGGGCAUUGAGCAAUCUCGACGGGAUGAUCUUGAAUCCCUUGGCUAUGUACUUAUGUACUUCAACUUGGGUUCUCUUCCCUGGCAAGGCCUGAAAGCAGCCACUAAAAGACAGAAGUAUGAGCGAAUCAGUGAAAAAAAGAUGUCAACCCCCAUUGAGGUUCUUUGCAAGGGCUUUCCGUCGGAAUUUUCAACCUACAUGAACUUCUGCCGCUCACUCCGAUUCGAUGACAAGCCUGACUACUCCUACUUGAGACAGCUGUUCAGGAACCUUUUCCACAGACAGGGUUUUUCCUACGACUAUGUGUUUGACUGGAACAUGCUGAAAUUUGGCUCUAGCAGAACAGCUGAGGAGAAAGAGAAAGAGCAGAGAGGAGAGGGAGAAGAGAGGGAUGAGAGGACUGGAGGUGGACCGCCGGGUUCUGCGGCUCGUGCUUUGCCCUCUGGCCCAAACCUCCCAGCUCCCAACAGGGUCCGCAAUGGCCCAGACCCUCCCAGCUCCACACCUGCCUCCCGUGUACCUCAGUCUGGAAACGCAUCGCCGAGAGCAGGCCGAGGAGCCGAGCGGGAAAGGAGAGUGUGUUUACGGCUGCACCGCGGCGCUCCUGCCAACGCCUCCCCUGAUCUCCCACUCCGUCAUGAUCAGAUCCGCAUCACUCCCCCACAGGUCAGCGUUCCAUUCGAACACAUGGGGAAAUGAGCUCUGCAACAUCUCUGUCAUUUACUGUUUUUAGGCGGAUUACAACUGACAACUCCCCUAAAACAUUUAUAUUCAUCUUUCUAUGUAAAACGGGAGUGUGACACAGAGGCAAGAAGCAGAAGGCAAGAAACCACAUUUUUGUAAUGGACAAGUGCUCCCCCGUCCUCACGCACUGCAGGUUGAAGAGACAUGGCAGAUACAGACGCAUGUGGACAGUGGAUACGAGGAUCACGAGACUCUCGCGAAGUGGAAAAGAGAAUUUCUACCGACAGCCUGGUGAAGGUUAUUCUGGUUGUUCUCUGUUUUGUCUGAAAUGCUGGGAAAAAAAACGAAGGACUUGCUUGUUGGACUGUAAAGUUUCAAAUGAAUAUUGAUAGAAUGUAACAAAUGUAUCCCUCGCACUGUUACUUUAACACACAGAAAGUGUUGUAUGUUGACACCUUACUGACGUAUGAGGUUUUUCGUGGAACCGUCUUUACAUGUUAAAUAUUAAAUAUGCAAAAGUAACCAAUUUCCCAGAAUGUUGUUUCCAGUCAAACUGGUGUUUGGACUGCAGAUGUCACUCAAUGAAUGUGUCAUGAUUGUGCAUUGGAGGUAUUGUUGUCAGCGUUGGCCAUAGUAAACUAACCUAAAGAUCAAUUUGAGCAUUAAUAUUAAAGGCCUGAAUUCUACUCAAAGCCAAACAAUGUGGUGGACUGAAACUUUUAAGUGGAGACUCCUGCAUUGACAUUAGCCAUGACAACCUCAUUUAUAAAUAAACACACAUAUCAAAGUA